GCAUGGACAGAGAGGAAUCAAAAAACAUGUGGAAGAACGUUAGUUUGUAUCCCGCCAGUAAAACCAACGAAGACGACGGGAAAAAAGAAAGAAGAAGAACGUCAACAACAAUGUCUUCAGUUGAGUGUUUGAGAGGGUUUGUCAGCGAGCGACUAACUGCUGCUGCUGAAGAGAUAUUCAGGGUUUUUAUGAAAACUAUCGUCCAGUAUGAGGAAGAGAUCGAUCGUCAGCGCAGACUGCUGGACAUCGUUUGGAAACCUGAAAUAAAGUUACGCAGGAUAGAGCUCCCACAACAACAUGUCUUUACUGAAGAGGAGGAGACACUCUCAGACCAGCAGCUCUGCAACCAGGAGAAGAACUCCAGUCUGGACCAAGAGGAACCAGAACCUCCACAGAUUAAAGAGGAACAGGAGGAACUGUGGAGUAGUCAGGGGGGAGGCCAGCCUGCACUGAAGGAGGAGACCAAUACCUUUCUGUUGACUUCUGCUUUUGAGGACAAUGACCACAGUGAAGAUCGCACUGUAUAUUUUAAUGAAGGUUUAACUCAGAGUGCAGCUGAGCCUAUUGUCAGCAUAUCAAUUAAAAGCUUAGUGGUGCCAGAGCCAAACACUGACCAACAUCUCGUCUCUCAUGAAGCUGAGAGCCAAGAUCGCAAAGGAGGCAAGACUGGAGACUCAGGAUCAAGUGGAGCUGCAGAGCCAAAACCAAAAAAAAGACACCACAGAAGAAGACACACCAACAAUGUAUGUAAGAUUCAAGAAAAGACUUUCACAGACAAAAAGUCUUUCAAAUGUGAUACUUGUGGGAAAGAUUUUAAGGAAAAGUCCAAAUUGGAUAGACAUAUUAGAGUUCACACAGGUGAGAAGCCAUUCUUCUGCAAUACCUGUGGGAAAAGUUUUAGUGAUAUAUCGAUAUUAAGGAGGCACAUAACCAUCCACACGGGUGUAAAGCCAUAUCCAUGCAAAACAUGUGGGAAAAGUUUCGCAGUUAAGAGUUACCUGAGAGUCCACCUGACAACACACACAGGGGAAAAGCCAUAUAACUGCUUCUGUGGGCGGCGAUACACUCGGAUCUCAUACUUGAAAAGGCACAUAAGAAAUCAUACAAAGGAGACGCAGGGUACUUGCAAACAUAGAGAGCAGGAGCUCUGUGGUGACUGACAGUCCACAUGAGAAGAGCCCACACUAGUGAGAAGCCAUGUAACUGCACCACUGUAAGAAUGAUUUCUCCACAUUUCUCAAUUGGCAAGACAUUUAAGGUUGCAUAUGGGCAGGUAGUGCAGUGCAAACAUGGAGGAGGGCUUGUAGUGCUUUAUGGACAAAACAAACCCACACAAGUGAAGGGAAAAGACUUUCUCUGAAUCACAUACGUGAAAAAUACAGAACAAACCAUCAAGCAGAAUCCCCUCUGAAAGAGUGUUCACCCACUAAAAUGAACACGCUUCUGAAAUAGCAACAUCUUUGUAAUUGUGCAUGAAGCAUUUUCCAUGAAGAAGGUGUCACAAUAUCUUGUGUCUAUCCUCUUGUGUAAUGAAGAAGAUGUACUUUAUUGUCCCUAUGGGGGAAAAAAGCUAGACCUGCCAACACAUAUGGGUACACAACACCAGCAAACAGAAGACAUGAAAAAAUAUAAUACAAAUACAAAAUACACACCCUCAUGCAUCAAUCAAUUUGUAUAAAGGAGUUCUUAAGCUCUGUAUUAUCUGCCUUAAGGCACAGCUCAUACUGGGAGUAGGGGAUAUGAGAAAUAUGUUGUACAUUGUUAAUAAAUCCAUCAGGUUUUGUUGAACUAACCUCAUUUUCUUUCUGUCAUAUGACUGGAUUACUCAUAGUUCUGUUAGCAGUAGUAUUUGUUUGUAACAAUCACACCCAAAAAUCUUUGUAACGCAGUGAGUGCAUUGUC